CAUUCUCUCAGUGGACUGGCUCUCCAUUCUGACUCAAUCCAAAUAAGGAGUUUUCUUACACUUUCUUAAGACGAAGGAAAUUCUCUGUAGCAAUACAACUCCCAGAAUACCUUUCACUAAAGCAAUUCCUAAAGGGGAGUGUCUUAUGGCACAGAACUGCUGAAAAGUCCCCGAGCUGAAUUACACAAUCAAACUCUGAGACAAUAACAGGCCAUGUUUUUCUUUUAAAUUCCUACUUCCUGAAAUGGAGGCUGUUUAUAAGAAACAGUAUAUUUCAGGGAACUUGUGCUGUAAUUAACUUUUUAAGAGUUAGAUUUGCUGGUUUAAAGUGUAUUUCCUCUUCCUUGAGAUAAUGGUCGAAGGAGUGAUACUGAGCAGUUCAGGUGGAUGUUGGUGGGUUUGUGUUGCGGCCAAGUAACACUGAGUUUGAGGAAUCCUCUUUGGCCCAGAGGGAGACAUUACGUCAUUCCUCACAUUUGCUGUACCUAAGGCUCGAAGGGGCUCUUUUAUUGAGAAUCGAUGUCUUCUCCUAGGUAAUUGAUCACCAUAGACCCAGGGACACUCGACUCAUCAUCAAGAGAGGGUAAUCGUCAUGAAUAAUCAAAAGGCUGUAGCUACGCUGCUGCAAGAGUGCAAGCAAGUGCUGGACCAGCUCCUGUUGGAGGCGUCGGAUGUGUCAGAGGAGGACAAGAGGGAGGACCAGAGAUGCAGAGCCUCACUCCCCAGCGAGUUAAGAACCCUGAUCCAGGAGGCAAAGGAAAUGAAAUGGCCCUUCGUGCCUGAAAAGUGGCAAUACAAACAAGCUGUGGGCCCAGAGGACAAAACAAACCUGCAGGAUGUGAUUGGCGCCAGCUUGCAGCAGUUACUGGCGUCUCUGAAAGCCUCCAUCCUCGCCCGGGACUGCGCCACGGCCGCCGCCAUCGUGUUCCUGAGCGACCGUCUCCUGUACGGGCUCGACGUCUCGGGCCAGCUGCUGCAGGUCGCCAAAGCGCUGCACAGGCUGCAGCCCGCGACGCCCAUCGCCCCGCAGGUGGUCAUCCGCCAGGCCCGAAUCUCGAUGCAUGCAGGGAAACUUUUAAAAGCAGAGUAUAUCCUGAGCAGUCUAAUAAGCAACAAUGGAGCAACGGGUACCUGGCUGUACAGAAAUGAAAGCGACAAGGUCCUGGUGCAGUCAGUCUGCAUACAGAUAAGAGGGCAAAUUCUGCAGAAGUUGGGGAUGUGGUAUGAAGCAGCAGAGUUAAUAUGGGCCUCAAUCAUGGGAUACCUGACACUUCCUCAGCCAGAUAAAAAGGGCAUUUCCACAUCACUAGGUAUAUUGGCAGACAUCUUCGUCUCCAUGAGCAAGAAAGAUUAUGAAAAGUUUAAAAGCAAUCCUGACAUUAACCUGGGCUUGCUGAAGGAGUUUGACCACCACUUGCUGUCAGCCGCUGAAGCCUGCAAGCUGGCAGCUGCCUUCAGCCCCUACACGCCCCUGUUCGUGCUCACGGCUAUGAAUAUCCGUGGCACGUGCCUCUUGUCAUAUAGUAGUUCUGAGGACUGUCCUCCAGGAAUGAAAAAUUCAUAUCUAUAUGAAGCCAAAGAAGCCUUUGAAAUUGGCCUCCUCACCAAGAAACGUGAUGAACCAGUUACUGGAAAACAGGAGCUCCAUAGUUUUCUUAAAGCUGCUUUUGGUCUCACCACUGUGCACCAAAGACUCUAUGGGGAGAUGGAGACCGUCCAAACAGCAGGUCAGCUCUGUAGUGAAGCUAUGGGAAAGCUGUAUACUUUCAGCAAUUCCUCCAGAAGUCAGGAGAGAGAAGCUGUCUCUCAGGAAAUCAUGUCUGUUAUCACCCGGGUGAAGGAACAGUUACAAGUUCAAAGCUUCUCAAACUUAGAUGACAAGUCUUACGUUCCAGAGGGAUUCAAGCAUGGGUUAGAGAAGCCCAUCUUACAUGGGCAAGUGGAUUUCCCAAAAAUCCUUGAAGCCUAUUCACAGCACCACACUUCAGUGUGUGAACUAUUUGAAAGCACUUGUGGGAACAACAAAAAUAAACAGAAAGGUAUGAAAACAGGAGUCUGUAUCACGGAUCUAAAGACAGAAACAAAAAACAUAGAUACCGUGAGUGCCACGGAGGACAAAGCACAUUUUGAAAAAGGCAGGGUGAUAUCUUCCUCCCUAAUGGUGAUGAACAGUCAGGAGAAACUCAGGAGGGCGGAAAGGAGAAACUGGGCCAGUUCUGAUGCAUUUCGAGUCUCCGUGGAUGAAGAUGUGGAGACCGAAGCUGAGUCAACAGACCACAGCAAUGGUGGGGGAGCUGUCCUGAACAAGUCUCUGAGUGACAGCCUGAGCUCCAGUUCUUGGAGCCAGUUAUCAGGGUACAGAUCUUCUACAAGCUGGGAGGAAGUGAAUUAUCAUGUUGAUGAUAUGUCCAUCGGAAGAGAGCUGAGCAAGGAGGGGCAUCUUGUGGACACGCAGUGUUCCACUGCCCUGUCAGACGAGCAGAAGGUGAAUGGAGCGAGCAGAGUUGAGCACCCACUGUCUUCAGAGCUGCAUGGUCUCUCUCUCCAGGUGCCCAGGGAUGACAGUUUAGAGUCUUCUCAAAGUCAGCUGCACAAGUCCACGCCCUUGGCAACCUUCCCAUCUCAUAGCACAACAGGCACUUCAUUGGCCUCUGGUGGAGGGUGGUUUAAAGGAGGCAUGCAGGAAGUUGGAAAUGUGGGGUCCAAAAAUACUUCUGCUCAUUCCAGAUCCUCAUUUUGUUCUGCUCCUUGGGCUUCUGAUUCUGGUUGGCCUAAGAACAUAGCCACAUAUCCUUCCAUUCAAGAAGAAGAAACCUUUGAAACAAUUGAUGAGUUUCAAGAAAUCAACGGUGAUGCCAAGGAUGGGGAUGAAGAAGAGAAGAGAGAAGAAAUCAAAGGAGGCACAGGUCCUCCAUUUAAAGAUAGCCCCUGCUGGGUUGACCCAGAAGGAAAAAUAGCAGAAAGAGCAGGAGAUGUUUCCGUAGGCUUCCACUCAGUCAUGGACGAGUCUCUGGACAAAAGUUCCAUGGUAGCAUGUAACUCUUCCACUCCUCACUGGCUUGUUCAAAACCCUAACUCGGGAAAAAAUGAUCACUCAGUCAAAGAGCAGGGCAUUGACCCUGAUGCCUCCACGGUGGAUGAGGAGAGCCCACUGCUGGGCAGCGCAGAUGUUCACACCACGAGCACACGUGGCUCCCCUAGACCGUGCACUUGGAAGCAGCCACACAUUCAGGGAGCCCAGAUCCCCAGUUCCUCAGUAAGCAGAAAGACUUCCACCCCUGUCCUCAGCGAGGACUGUACUACCACAGAGGAAGCAAGUGAACCUGGAAGGCUGCUAAACUGCAGCCAGAACUCCAGCUUAUCCUCAUCUUGGUGGAUGAAAUCACCAGCAAUCUCCAGUGGUUCUUCUGAGGGAGAAAAUCCAUGGUCUUUUCUGAAUUCCAGUGGAAGUUCUUUUGUUUCAUUGCCAGGAAUGACAAAGCAGGCGGUCCUUGAGGCCCGCACCCUGCAGCCUGAUGACUUUGAAAAACUCUUGGCAGGGGUGAGGCAUGAUUGGCUGUUCCAGAGACUGGAGCAUACAGGCGUUUUUAAAUCCAGCCAACUCCACGGAGCACAUAGUGCUCUUUUGCUAAAAUAUUCCAAGAAAUCUGAACUGUGGACAGCCCAAGAAACUGUUGUAUAUUUGGGGGACUACCUACAUGUGGCAAAGAAAGGCAGACAAAGAAAUGCAUUUUGGGUACAUCAUCUUCAUCAGGAAGAAACUCUGGGCAGCUAAUUAAUAACAGUUACCAUAGAUGGUUGGAUGGCAUCACCGAUUCAACAGACAUGAACUUGGACAAACUCCAGGAGAUGGUGAGGGACAGGGAGGCCUAGUGUGCUGUAGUCCAUGGGGUCACAAAGAAUCAGGCAUGACUUAGCGACUGAGCAACAACCACCAUAGAUAGAGAACCCACAUUAUGUCAGCCAUUGGGCUGGAUGUUUUAUAUACAUGAUUUUAAACCCCUUGGAGAACAUUAACCCCAUGGUACAGAUAAGAAAAACAUAGUUUCUUGCCAUAUGACAAGUCAAAGAGUCUUGAACACUCUCAUUGAAAAUGCUGGCAAAAAAGGCUAGGUAAACCAUGCAAGCCACACUUCUGAUUAAAUGAGUGAGCCUGGAAGAAAAGGCACAAAAUUCCUGAGGCCAGUAAUGAAAUAUAUUUAGGGAUAUAAGUGAAUGCUGAAUCCUUAAGACACUUCUCUGUAGAGGUUUUGGGCAGGGGUGGGAUGAGUGAUAAAAGUUACGCAUGAAAGGGGAUGAGUGGAGAGACCACUGAUACAAAGCAUUGACUCAGGAAUGGCUAUAUCCUCCAAAACAAAAACAAAGGUUUAUUUAAAAAAUGCCAUGUCACUGAAGCAAAUAACCUAGAAAGAUUUUUUGCUUGGCCUUAAUUCUUGAUGACAACUUUAAGCAAAAACUCAGCUGCAAAUUAGUGAUCACAGGUGGUCCUCGUUUGGUAUAAGGCCUAACUUUAUACCAUAUGUAUAUUUUAAAGAACCUAUGGAGCAAGACUUUUAAAGUAGACCUUACUCUUUUCCCAAAUCCAAAAAUUGUAAGAAAUAAAUAGGAAGAGGAAAAAAAAGAAAUCGGGAAAUUCUUAAGUAGUAGAAAUACAUUUCUUGAAAAGGAUGUAUGAUAAUAACAAUAGUAAACAUGUACAUUUCAUGCGCCUGGCCCCUGUUUUAAGUCAUUUAUAUACUAACUUAAUCAAUCCUCACAAAACCCGAUGAAGUAGGUACUAUUGUUAUCCCCAUCUUACAGAUGAGGGAGCCGAGACACAGAAAUGUUAAGAAACCUCCCCAAGUUCGCACAUCAAAGUGGUGGAGCCAGGUGAUACAGGUAUCAUUGUGUCCCCCCCCACCCCAAAUACAAGUUGAAGUUGUAACCCUAAGUAACUUAGACUGUGAUCUUAUUUGGAAAUGAAGUCACUGCAGAUGUAAUUAAUUAGGAUGAGCUCAAGCUGGAGUAGGGUAGGCCCAGAAUCCACUAUGACUGGUAUCCUUAUAAAAGAGAGGAAAUGUGGAGAUAGACACACACAGGAAGGAUGCAUGUGAAAAUUGUAGCUAUGUGGCCACCAAGCCAGAACCAUCUGGAAAAGUUGACAGUCUGGAAAAGCUCCUUCUCUUGCGUCUUCAGAGGGAGCAUGACUCUGCUGACAUCUUGACCUUGGACUUGUAGACUCUAGAACUAUGAGGAAUCAAUUGCUUAAGCCACCCAGUUUGGGCACUUUGUUACAGCAGUCUUAAGCAACUAACACACCAGGAUACGUGAUUGGAGGAUCUGAGAUGGGAUAUAAAAGAGAGAAGAGACAUGGAAAAUGGAGCAAGAGGGUCUAACAUACAUCUGAUCAGAAAAA